AUGUCAAACAUAAAAAAACAAUCUCAUUCAAAUCGUUUAUCAUAUAAUAUAAAUGCAUCUGAGAAAGCUAUUUAUCGUAUUCAAUCACAAACAAAUGAAGAACGUUCUAAAUUUAUAAUCGAUACAUUUAUAGAUUCUUUCAAAGAUGGAAUACGUGAUAAUCCAGAUGCAUUUCGUACACGAUUUCGUAAAAUGGCUGCUACAUCAUUUAAUUUUUAUCGUGGUUCAGCAGUACUUUUUUAUCAAGACUUAAAAAUUGAUAAAGAUCCGUUUAUAUUAAAACAUAAUGCAGCUGGACAAAUCUUUAUUCAUGGUGAUUUACAUGCUGAAAAUUUUGGUACAUAUUUAGAUAGUAAUGGUAUUCUAAAUUUUGAUGUUAAUGAUUUUGAUGAAAGUUAUAUUGGUCCAUUUACAUGGGAUGUUAAACGUUUAUGUGCUUCAAUUAAUUUACUAUGUUAUUCAAAAGGUUUUUCUGAUGAUGAUAUUCAAAAAAUUUUAACUGUUUGUAUUGAAGAAUAUUUAAAACAAAUUAAUAUUUUUUGUAAACAAUCAAAAGAUCAUUUUGCUUUAACAUUAAAAAAUACUUCAGGAAAAAUAAAAAAAUUAUUAAAUGAAACACGUAUUAAAUCACAUAUUGAACAUUUAAAUAAAAUGACAUUUAUUGAAGAUUAUAAUAGAAAAUUUAUUCGUUCAAAAUAUAUUCUUAAUGUUGAUAAUAUUUUAUAUGAAAAAUUAAUAAAUUCAUUUCAACAAUAUAUAGAAACAAUACCUGAUAAUAAAAAAUAUUGGAAUCAAAAUUUUAAUAAUAAAGAAUUAACAUAUAAAAUAAAAGAUAUUGUUCAAUGUUUAACACCUGGUAUUGGUUCAGCUGGAAAA